GUCACCAGCUCAUAGGUGACGGAGGAGUGACUGGUGUAGCCCGUUGGUUGAAGCUCCACGCUAGAUACAAAUACCUCAACUCAGAAGUCAUGCCGAAAGAAGACCCGGAAACCACUGCUCUAAAGAAAGAAUUAACAGAUUUGAUCGCUAGAGUUAAGGCAGAGCAAGAAAAAGUAGCUGAUGCCAAAUUAACAGAAAAAUGCGGUGACCUGGGUGAUGUACCGAAAAUAAGACUCGUAACAAAAAAAACCUUAAAAGGACACAUCAACAAAGUCAACUCAGUUCACUACAGUGGAGACUCAAGACACUGCGUAACGGGGUCGCUGGAUGGGAAGCUAAUUAUAUGGGACACCUGGAGCGGCAACAAGGUGCAAGUGAUACCUCUGCGCUCGGCGUGGGUUAUGAGUGUAGCCUUUGCUCCUUCGGGAAAUUUUGUUGUAUGUGGUGGUAUGGACAACAUGUGUACAGUGUACGAUGUCAACAACCGCGAUUCUACCGGGGCGGCUAAAAUGGUGCGAGAAUUGGCUGGCUACGAGGGCUUCCUCAGCAGCUGUCGCUUUCUGGAUGACACACAUAUUCUGACGGGAUCCGGUGAUAUGAAAAUAUGCAUUUGGGAUCUAGAAGUUGGCAGGAGAAACAUGGAGUUCGAUGCCCACGCUGGGGAUGUCGUCAGCAUUUCGUUGGCUCCUGACAUGAAAACAUACGUUACGGGAUCGGUGGAUAAGACUUGCAAGCUCUGGGAUGUCAGAGAAGAUAAAGCGAAGCAAACAUUUUUCGGACACGAAGCUGAUGUCAACAGCGUCUGUUACCACAACAGCGGCCAAGCAUUUGCCACAGCGUCCGAAGACAAGACAGCUCGUCUGUUCGACAUACGAAGCGACCAACAACUGGGCCACUACACGCCUCCUGGAAACUGCGGCUUCACUAGUUGCGGUCUAUCUUUGAGUGGGCGUUACCUGCUGGCUGGCUCAGACGAUAACUCUGUUCACUCCUGGGACACCCUCAAAGUUGCUCAUACAGGAACGCUUAAUGCCCAUGAGAACCGCGUCACGUCUAUCUCCUUUGCCCCCAAUGGGAUCGCGCUUGCCAGCUGCUCCUGGGACCAAAGUGUCAAAGUGUGGGGCUAAUCGCGAUUGGUCUUAUUAAAUUUUAUCACAAAUCUUUUUUUUGAACCUAACUUAUCUUACGAUCAAAAAUGUUUUAUGCAACUAUCGAGUUCUGUUCUGUGUCCUUAGAAAAUCAAAUACUCUGUGGUAAGUUGUAAUUUUUGUUACCCAUUGCUAUCCCUUAAAUAAAUAGUUAGCGUUAUUUAACGUUUUAAUUAAACAUUUUGGUUGA